UUUCAUUUUCUUUUUCUUUUUUGUUUUAAUUUCUAACAAUCUAAAGAUUACUUGAAACAGAAACGAGAAAAUAAUGACAGGAAAUUAAGCAGGAGCGUCAAAAGGAUAAGAGCUGACAUGGUUGAGAUCAGCGAGGGACAAAAACGCAUAAGAGAGGGACAGAAGGAAAUCAGGAAAAGAUUUCAAGAAAUAAGCGAAGAGGCUGCCAAACUGAGAGAGGAAACUAACGUAAUCUCCAAGCAGAGCUCUGAAAAUCAACUCAGGCUUGAUCUAAUGCUUCAAAUAGUCAAAGCAAGAGCAGAGAAUGAUCAUGCCAAAGACGCCUUGCUCACUCAAACUUUACGGUGUGAUCGAAGUUUAAGAGGAUGCAUGGGUUACCUCCUAAUAUUUGCAAAUCUAACUGGCGGAGAUAUCAUAAUUAAUGCUUCCGAGAAGAACAAAUACCUAUGACCAUGGGUCAAUGAGAUAACCUGUGUUAACUCAAAUUUUUUUAUUUUUGUUUUUUUAAUUAGAUUUUUUAUAUUAUUGAAAUUAUAUGACUCUAUUAAACUCAAUUAAAUCAAUAGCCUGAAUCUCUUUUUUUA